AUGGGCGGGCUGUAGCUAGCCGGCUUCCGGUUCCUUUGGGCUCAAUUUUUCUCCAAGCUACGUGUCUCUACCCGGUCAAACCGCCAUCCCACAAACAUGGAUCAGGUAAUGCAGUUUGUUGAGCCAAGUCGGCAGUUUGUAAAGGACUCAAUUCGGCUGGUCAAAAGAUGUACCAAACCCGACAGAAAAGAAUUCCAGAAGAUUGCCAUGGCCACAGCGAUAGGAUUUGCUAUCAUGGGAUUCAUUGGCUUCUUUGUGAAACUGAUCCAUAUCCCUAUUAACAACAUUAUUGUGGGUGGCUGAGUCCUUUCUCAUCAUGGGUCAAGUGAACCAAUCAGGGGGGACAAGCUCAUGAAGUAAAACCUUGCGUGGA